AUGAUGAUCAUUUCCAGCAAAAUAUUCUCUUCACUUCAGUUUUUCACUCUUUUAUAUCUCUUUACAGUUACUUUUGCUUCCAUUGAGGAAGCAAUUGCCCUCUUGAAAUGGAAAGCAACUUUCAAGAACCAGAAUAAUUCCUUAUUGACUUCAUGGAUGCCGAGUUCUAAUACAUGCGAAGACUGGUAUGGAGUUGUAUGCUUUAAUGGUAGGGUAAACACGUUGAAUAUUACAAAUACUAGUGUCAGUGCUACACUCAAUGCUUUUCCAUUUUCAUCUCUCCCUUUUCUUGAGAAUCUUGAUCUUAGCAUGAAUGAUUUCUCUGGCACCAUUCCACCUGAGAUUGGUAAUCUCACAAAUCUUGUCUAUCUUAACUUGAAUUUUAAUCAGAUUUCAGGAACAAUUCCACAACAAAUGGGUUCACUAACCAAGCUUCAGAUUCUCUGUAUAUUUAAAUGGAACUUUCUUAGUGGCUCUAUUCCUGAAGAAAUAGGUUACCUAAGGUCUCUUACAAAGCUAUCUUUAGGUAAGAACUUUCUUAGUGGUUCUAUUCCUGCUUCAUUGGGGAAUUUGAACAACUUGUCUUUUUUGCUUCUUUAUGAAAAUCAACCUUCUGGCUCUAUUCCUCAAGAAAUAGGUUACCUAUGGUCUCUUAAUGUCCUACAUUUCAGUAAUAACUCUCUUAAUGCCUAUAUUCCUGCAUCAUUGGGGAAUUUGAGCAACUUGUCUGGUUUGUAUCUUUAUAAUAAUCAGUUUUCUCGCUCAAUUCCUGAAGAAAUAGGAUACCUAAGCAACUUGUCUGGUUUGUAUAUUUAUAAUAAUCAGCUUUCUGGCUCUAUUCCUGCUUCAUUGGGGAAUCUGAACAACUUGUCUAGGUUGCAUCUUUAUAAUAAUCAGCUUUCUGGCUCUAUUCCUGAAGAAAUAGGUUACUUGAGUUCUCUUACUUAUCUAUAUUUGGGUAAUAGCUCUCUUAAUGGAUCUAUUCCUUCUUCAUUUGGCAAUUUGAGAAAUCUGAAAAAUAUGAUUCUCAAUGAUAACAAUCUCAUUGGGGAAAUUCCUUCAUCUAUAUGCAAUUUGAAAUCACUUGAAAUGUUUUAUAUGCCGAGAAACAACUUGAAGGGAAAAGUUCCGCAAUGUUUGGGUAAUAUAAGUGGCCUCCAGGUUCUAGUGAUGUCACAUAAUAAUCUCAGUGGAGAGAUGCCUCCAUCUAUUUCCAAUUUAACAUCACUACAAAUUCUAGAUUUGGGCAGAAACAAUUUGGAGGGAGCGAUUCCACAAUGUUUUGGCAAUAUUAGUAGCCUCCAGGUUUAUGAUAUGCAGAAUAACAAACUUUCUGGGACUCUUCCAACAAAUUUUAGCAUUGGAAGUUCACUUAUAAGUCUCAACUUGCAUGGCAAUGAACUCGAGGGGGAAAUCCCUCGAUCUUUGGCCAAUUGCAAAAAGUUGCAAGUUCUUGAUCUAGGAGAUAAUCAUCUCAAUGACACAUACCCCAUGUGGUUGGGAACUUUGCCAGAGCUGAGAGUUUUAAGGUUGACGUCGAAUAAAUUGCAUGGACCCAUAAGAUCUUCAGGUGCUGAAAUCAUGUUUCCUGAUCUUCGAAUCAUGGAUCUCUCUUACAAUGCCUUCUCGAAAGACUUACCGACGAGUCAGUUUCAUCAUUUGAAAGGUAUGAGGACUAUUGAUCAAACAAUGAAGGCACCAAGUUAUAAACGAGGUGGAGUAUACUACCACUACCAAGACUCGGUAGUUGUUGUAACAAAGGGAUUGAAGUUUGAAGUUGUGAAAAUGUUGUCUUUGUACACAAUUAUUGAUCUUUCAAACCAUAAAUUUGAAGGACAUAUUCCUAGUGUUCUAGGAGAUCUCAUAGCUCUUCGGGUAUUGAAUAUGUCUCAUAAUGGAUUGAAAGGUCAUAUACCACCAGCACUUGGAAAUUUAUCUGUAGUGGAAUCGUUGGACCUUUCAUUUAACCGCCUUUCAGGAGAGAUACCACAACAACUUGCUUCUCUUACGUCUCUUGAAUUCUUAAAUCUCUCCCACAAUUAUCUCCAAGGAUGCAUCCCUCAAGGGCCUCAAUUUCUUACCUUUGAGAACAAUUCAUAUGAAGGUAAUGAUGGAUUACGUGGAUUCCCCGUUUCAAAGGGUUGUGGCAAUGAUCCUGUGUCAGAGACAAACUAUACAGUGUCUGCGCUAGACGAUCAAGAAAGAAAUUCUGAAUUUUUCAAUGAUUUUUGGAAAUCAGCUCUGAUGGGCUAUGGCAGUGGACUAUGUAUUGGCUUAUCCAUAAUAUAUUUCUUGAUCUCAACUGGAAAUCUAAGAUGGCUUGCAAGAAUCAUUGAAGAACUGGAACACAAAAUUAUCAGACAAAGGAGAAAGAAGCAGCGAGGUCAAGGGAAUUACAGAGGAAGAAAUAAUCGCUUCUAG